AUGUCUCUCCCUGAAGGCCAGACUCUUACUGUCGCUGGACGACAGCAAGUUCCAUGCCCUGAAGCAAGAGGACGAGAGGCAGUGUUGAGAUUUCUCGCCCUUGGGAUAGAGAGUCACGUUUGUGAGGCGCGAGAUAUUGCCCAGCAGGAAGUUGCUGCAUCUCGCUCCCUCGAACGCUCGGUUUCAACAAAGCUGAAACGAUGGCGAACAGGAGAACAACCCUCUGGAACUUCUGUUCCUGCAAUUACACAGAGCCUGGCUAGAGAUGUUCACGGUCUCCCUUUCGAUUCUAUCAGUAAUCCUCGGAUUGGAGGUGACUCUGUUCUGCCUCGCACAGCAGUUCUUCGCUUGGAUUUGCAUGAGAGGAACGAUAGGCCUUGGGAGAUGGCAUUGCAAGAGUCUGGUGAUUGUGUUGAUUCAAUGGAUAUCGCUUUCUCGGUGUCUCUUGAUGGAAGUGCUGGUUCUCCUGCUUCAUGUCGAACACUCUCUGCUCGAGACUCUCCCGUUCACUGGGACAGGCCUCAUUCUCCAAUUCCUGAUGAAGUUGAUAUCGGAAUAGUUCGCACCAAAACACGUCGUUGGCCUUUCCAUUCUGAUUCCUCUUUCGACCCCUCCCCCUCCGAAGAGGAGGAUUGGAAUGAACAGCCACGAAGUGCUAUUGGAAGCAUGGCUUUCUGGAACCAAGCUUUCGCACAUGCUUGUCUCGUAACUGGCAGCGAGCAUGAAUCUGUAACGGCGAGCUCAGCAACUCUUGUCAAUGUUUCUCCUACAGAGGAGUAUUUAUUUGGCUCCGAGACCAUCGUUGCUGCAUCCAACGCAUCAUCUUCAACUCUGAAUUCUACUUCACUGGACGACUUCGAGACAGAAACUGGUGUCAUGCGAUCCGUUAGAGUCACUCAAGUUGGUCGAGCCACAAUGAUUGACAUGCCUCCUGUUGAACAAACCGAGGCUUGGGAAAUGGAGGGGGUGCCUAUGUCCUCUGAUGCUCUAAUCAACCACUUGAUCAAAGCACUUCGUUCUCCCCGUCGAGUUUGA